AUGCAUCGAACAGAUUCCUAUUUUCGACGUAAUCCAGGUGGUAGUAGUUUACGUAGAUUUAGUUUUCGUCGUAAACCAACGAAAGAAUUUAUACCUGUACCAACAUCAACAUGGACAUUUAAUGAUGAAAGUCAUGAGUGGCAAUUACUUCGAGAGGAUGGUGCUCAUAUUCAACUUGUUUACAAUAAAACUGAACAUAUACCAUUAAAAGAUUUUGCUGCAGAAAUUCGUGGUGGAAAAGAUAUAAAAGAAUUUAUUCUUAGUGCACUUGUACUUCUUGAUGUACAAGAUACAUCAAUAGGAGAUUUAUUAGAAAUGAUUUUACGACAAAUAAAACAAACAAAUAUACCACAUAAUGGUGGUGGAACAACAUCACCAACACUGUCAGUAUCAAAUGCAACGACAACAAUGAUAAGCAAUACGGUUGGCAGUAUGAGUGGACAUCGAGAAAAUUUAAAUGUUGAAGAAAUUAAACAGGCUUUGUUUGUAAAUGAUAGAGUCCGAAUAUUAGCAAAAACUCUUCAAGCAACAACUGCAACUGAAACAAAUUGGACAUAUGAUCAAUCAUGGUUAGCAAUUAUGUGUACAUCACCAUCAAUUCUUAAACGACAUGUUGCUAUAGCUCGAUUAAAAAAUCCAUGUAAUUUAGGACGUAAUUGUCAAGAAGCACGUUUUAUUGUUUUUAUUCUAUCACCGAUGAAAGAAAAAGGUACAAAAAAUUUUCUUGAGACUGGUCGAACAUUUGCAACAAUAUUUGCUGAUAUUGAAUUACGUGCUAAAUUAUUAAAAGCAGCAACACAACAAGAAUUUAUUUCUAUUAUUGAUAAACAUACAGAUCAUUUAAUGGAACAACAAACAGCAGUAACACGAACAUCUCUACCAGAUCCUUUUGAUGAUAUUAAUACGAAUGCUGAAACAUCCAAAGAUCAGAUAUAUUAUUGUCCAUUACCUUCUGAUAUUUGUCUAGAUUUAUCACGACGUUUACCACAUUAUUUCUCUGAUUAUUAUGAUAUUUUUAAAACUGAUCGUGGUCCACAAAAAGUUCUAUCAACAGCUGUAUUUCUUUAUUUUGCUUGUCUUUUACCAAGUAUUGCUUUUGGUGUACUAAAUUCUCAAGCAACAAAAAAUGAAAUUAGCGUACCAAAAGCUAUAGCAUCUCAAUGUCUUGGUGGAAUAUUUUUUUCGAUCUUUGCUGGUCAACCAUUAAUUGUUGUUAUGACCACAGCACCUUUAACACUCUAUGUAAAAGUUAUCUAUGCGUUAUGUGCUAUGUAUCAAGUAGAUUUUCGUAGUACAUAUGCAUUAGUUGGUUUAUGGAAUUCAUUUUUUCUUAUAUUAUACGCAAUAUUUGGUGUAUCAAAAGUAAUGAAAUGGUCAACAAGAUCAACAGAAGAAAUAUUUGCUUUAUUUGUUUCUAUUGCAUUUGUAGUUGAUGCUAGUUCACAUGUUUAUAAAAAUUUUUCAUCCACAUAUUCAACUGUUGUAUGUAAACAACAUGAUGAAUAUUGGGGAAAACGAAAACAUAAUACAAGUACAAUAAUAAAUGUAACAGAAGAAUUUUUACAAGAACCUUGUUCAAGAGAUUCAAGUUUACUUUAUCUUUUAUUAACACUUGGAACUGUAUGGCUUGGAACAUUUCUAUAUAAAUUUAAGCAAACACCAUAUUUAACAUCUGCUAAACGUGAAUUAUUAACUGAUUAUGCUUUACCAGUUUCAGUUAUAAUCAUGUCAUUAGUUGGUAGUAUAUUAUUUAGUCAAAUAAAACUUCCAUCAUUUGGUGUUGAUUCUCUUCAUUUAUUCGAUAUGGUUCAAUUUAAAUCCGUUAAUAUGAAACAAAUUAUUGGAACAGGAGUUUUAGGAUUUUCAUUAUCAUUAUUAAUGUUUCUUGAUCAAAAUAUUGCAGGUGCAAUUGUUAAUUCUCCAGCAAAUAAAUUAAAAAAAGGCAAAGCUUUCCAUGUCGAUCUAUUCGUUAUAGCAAUUCUUAAUGGUUGGCUUUCAUUAUUCGGAUUAACAUGGAUGCAUGGAGCUCUACCACUUUCUCCUUUACACGUUAAAGCACUAGCUGAUACAGAAGAACGUGUAGAACAAGGUCAUAUUCAAUCAGUUAUUGUUAAAGUACGUGAAACACGUUUAACAGUAUUAAUAUCUCAUAUAUUUAUUGGUAUGUCAUUAUUAAUGCAUCGUGUAUUAACACAAAUUCCAAUGCCAGUAUUAGAUGGGUUAUUUCUUUAUUUGGCAUUAACAUCACUUGAUGGAAAUCAAUUUUUUGAACGUGUUACACUUUUUUUUACUGAACAAGCUGCUUAUCCACCAAAUCAUUAUAUUCGACAAGUUCCACAACGUAAAAUUCAUUUAUUUACAUUCUUACAAUUAAUUCAACUAUUAAUUUUAUGUAUUUUGGGUUUUUUACCAAUACUUUAUACAAAAUUAAUUUUGCCCAUAUGGUUGGUUUUUAUGGUUGGUUUUCGAUAUCGAAUAUUACCAAAAAUAAUUGCAACAAAAUAUUUACGAGCAUUAGAUCAACGUUUAUAA